UAGCAUGUGGCAGAGAAAAACUAGACCGAGUAGCAGUAAGAACACUCCCCAAGAUCAUUUUCAGCAUGAAUGCAGAAGUAAUUUAAGGGAGAUGAUGGAAGACCCUAUCAUUUAGAGAGUAUAAAACUUGACUGGCCAAAGCAUGAGGCAUGUUCUCUAGGGAGCAAUCCUGCAGUGACACAUCUCAUAAGUGACACAUUUUUCCUCUUUGCUAUAGGAAGUGACUGAUACAGUGUAGAGAUACUAUCUGUAAUGUAUUCCUUCAGCACUUAUGGGAUGCAAAACUACCAGUGAUUUUUAAUUCCUUUCAACUCGCAGUCCUGCAGAAGCAAGUAUCUGCACUGGAAAUUCUGAUAAACCUGAACACGAGCAGUGGGCAGAUGAAAGCUGCACAUCUGCAGAAGUUGUUGCUGCUGUUGAUGUGAACACUCUUGCCAAUGAAGUUUAUAAGCACAACUUUCCCAGCACACCACUAUGGGCAAAGACAAUUGAGAAUUGGCCUGCAAGGUGAUGUAUCUGAUCCGCGGACAAAGAGCUUUCUCUACAUUCUUGAUAUUCUCCCAAGGCUCCAGAAGCUUCCAAAAUACCUACUUUUAGAAAAUGUUAAAGGAUUUGAAUCCUCUUCUGCAAGAAAUGAACUUUUGCGAACACUAGAAACAUGUGGAUUUAAGUAUCAGGAAUUUCUCUUGUCUCCAACCUGUCUUGGCAUUCCCAAUUCUAGGCUGCGGUAUUUUCUAAUUGCAAAGCUUCACCAAGAGCCAUUUUUCUUUCAUGCUCCUGGUCAGAUAUUGACCAGAUUCCCAGAUCUAGAAGACAAGAUUCAGGUUCAAGAAGAGUUAUGCAAGGACAAAGUAGUUGAUAAAGAGUGUGAUUCUAGUUCUUUGCCUUCUGGAGAGAAGAGUCUGGAUCCAAAUGUUGGUCCUCGUUGCAGCAGCAAGAAGAGUUUACCGGAAGGGGCCUUUCUUUUUAAACUUGAAACAGCAGAAGAAAUUGAAAGGAAACAUAAACAGGACAAUGAUUCCUCUAUUCAAAUGCUAACAGAUUUCCUGGAAGAGGAAAAUGAAGAAAUGAGUCGGUAUUUCUUAGCACCCAAAUUCUUGGUGCGCUAUGCUUUCUUGUUAGACAUUGUUAAACCCACUUGCCGGAGAUCCACCUGCUUUACAAAAGGGUAUGGACACUAUGUAGAAGGGACAGGCUCAGUUCUGCAGACAGCAGUGGAUGUACAGCUCGAAUCAGUGUUUAAACACAUUGAGAACUUACCAGAAGAAGAGAAGCUUAUGAAACUGGCAACGCUAAAACUGAGGUAUUUUACUCCGAGAGAAAUAGCAAAUCUACACGGAUUCCCUCCAGAAUUUGGCUUUCCUGACAAAGUAACAGUGAAACAAUGUUACCGUCUCCUGGGAAAUAGCCUCAACGUACAUGUGGUGGCAAAAUUGAUCUCUGUUCUGCUUGGAUAAUUUAGAACAUCAAUCUGAUGGUAGACUGGUGAUGGAAAAUGCUUUCAUCUUUCAAGAGAAAGUGGAUGGCAGCUUAACAAAAUCCACGCUAACCAAAAUAUAUGGGCAGAUAUUUUGCUAAACAGUUCUGAUGUGUUUUAAUAACUUGCAUUUAUGGUGGAUUUGCACUGUAGAAACGUUUUAUUUAAAUGGAAGUUUCUGGAAACUAAUUGCUGUAUUUAGAUGUUGGAUUUAGUUUGUGAAAUGAAAAGUAACAGCAUUCACAUAUAUCUCAGCGCAAAUGGUUAAACCAGUUUGAUUUUAUCUUAAAACUGUACUGUCAGUAUAAUAUAAAAGGCCUGUAAAUGCCAAAGCUGUUUUAAUUAAGAGCAGAGACCAAGUUCUACAUGCAAAAUAUCUUCCUCUGUAAAUAUCAGUGAUCCAUUCUUAACAGAUUUAUUGUAUAUGUGAUCUAUUUUUUCUUUUGUAUCUAAUGAAACUAUAAAAUUCAGUAUUUUAUAUAAUUUUUAAGAAGACGGUGUCAUAUGCUUGUCUGACCCUCUCUAAAUACUUUCAGGUUUAUGGAACCAAACUGUGUCUGUCUGGAAUGAUUUGUCUAGGUGCAGCUGAAUAAAAAUAUUUUAAUAUUAUCACAA